UAAAGGAAUUUUGUUUUCGUAUCACUUUAUAUUAUAGAGUAAUUUAAUGUAAGUACCAUCUACAAUUCUACAUUAUGCUCUGUGGCUUAGACAAACAUUUGCAUUGCACAUCACAUCUAUCUAAGUAGUAGUAAAGUAUAGGCAUACAUGAAUGAACUGUACCUCGAUCAAUAACAUCAUGACUCAGCCGUCACUCUUCAGAUAAAGAGAAUGCGGGCUGUCUUCUUACAUAUCAAAGAAAGCAUGAUAAAAUACUGAGAACUUGAGUUAUGUGCCCUAAAAGUACAGGUUACACGAUUUGAGGUUCGUGGUAAUUAGUGAAUUGUUUUUAACCGAAUAUAAUUAGGUUUGAUAUUUAGUAGAAUAGGCUGACAUUUGUAGUAGUGCGAGGAGCGCUCGCCUCGCUGACUGGCCGCGGCGGCGGGCGGCGGUGGUGUCCGCGUCCCUCAGUCGAUAUUGUUCAUUUGUUUUGAUUAGCGGAAGCCGAUGACUGUCGGCGAGGUCGAGUGAUGGAUGACUCGCGACAAUGCUCCUCAGGGGACGCGUGUGGGCGGUGCCUUCGCAGCCAAAUUCUGCACUUUCCUUCGACUUUCUCUUGGAGGUGCGAAAGGUGUUCACUUCAUUCGGGGGCUCGCAAUGCUUAUUCGGUAGCUGGCGCCUCAUAAGUGUACGCGUUCUAAUCGCGCGCAACGACUGUCGGUCCCUCGCCUCACACGGUGCAUCGCGCGUGCUUCAGAUAUUCAAAGCACCUGCAUGCGACUUCCGAGCGCCGGGUUAUAAGAAGUGCGCGGAUUGUGAAGGAGUAACUUAUCGUGUGGUGUCUGGACAGCAAUGUGAGGCAGCGAUGGCCCUCGCAAGUGAUAUAGUGUUAGUAACGCUGCUGUGCAUGGUCCGCGACGGUGCGCCUGCGCGGUUUCCCGACCUACUUCCCCUGCACGGCUGGUGGACGAAUGCAGAGCGUAUGCACGACAACUCCGACAUUCAGGUGGUGUACCUCCCAGCGCUACUACCAAGAGAGGCACAACUUGCCUCCGAUAAACAAGCCGAUGACAUCCCAUUACCGUACAGCUUCGAUGCUUUCGGAAGGAAUUUUGAACUUCAAUUGGUGCCGAAUCGUCGACUGGUCUCCCCUGAGUUCCGAGUUUGGUCAGACCAGGGUCAGGAAGCUUCGCUCUCCGCCGUAGACUCUUCCUGCCACUUCCAGCACGCAGGACCUAAUGCAGUCGCUGCAUUCUCAGCGUGCAGAGAUCACGCUCUUCAUGGAUUGAUAGUCGUCGACAAUUCGACUUAUGAAGUACGCCCUCUACCACUCGGCAGCGGGCGGGCGGAAAACGGUAACGGCCGCACUGCGCAUGUCAUCCGUCGCGCUCCGCCGCCCGCGCCGCCCGGCGAUGACGCACGUAUACUGCGACCGCGCGUGCGCAGACCACGGGCCUACUCCCCACGACUCAAGCCUGGUCCGCCCAACUACACCAUCGAAAUAGCCUUAUUCCUUGACGAAGCUGCUUACAAAAUAUUCUACCCUUAUCUCAACUACAGCGAGUCAGACCUCCGUGAUAUGCUUUUGGCAUACAUAAAUGGUGUGCAAGCUCUGUACCAACACUCGUCUCUGGGCACUCACAUUCAGCUGUCCCUUGUGCGCUUGACGCUGCUGCGGUCACAACCAUCUUCUCUGCCAGCGCAUGCAGAGCGUGGCCGAUUGCUUGACUCGUUCUGUGCGUACCAGCGGUCGUUGAAUGUAGACGAUGACGAUGAUCCUCAGCACUGGGACAUGGCCUUGCUGCUAUCAGGGUUGGACUUCUAUUCGGAGGAAGGAGGUCGUCGGAAUGGUGUGACGAUGGGCUUGGCGCCGGUGGGAGGCGUGUGUUUACCAGCACAUGCGUGUGUGGUUUCAGAAUUCGGCACGUCUGAUCUGCUCGGCCGGCCCUAUCCCUCCGCUGGCUUCACCUCUGUCUAUAUCCUAGCGCAUGAGAUUGGACACAAUCUGGGAAUGCAUCACGAUGGGACGGGUAACAACUGCGCCCGCGACGGCUACAUCAUGUCUCCUUCGCGCGGGACCAACGGCGAGGCUUCCUGGUCCACAUGCAGCGCUCGCGUCGUUGCCGAUUUGCAAUGGGCAACUUGCUUGUUUGAUGGCUCUGAUGACUUGGAUGCGCCCAGUGAGCUGCAGCACGAGAGGUUUGGAGGAGCGCCCGGAACUAUAUGGAGUGCAAAGAAGCAGUGUGAGAUCCUGUUGCGUGACGCUGACGCGGCCCCGUCUCCGAGCGGUCCGGCGGGCGAGCACUGCUCCCAGCUUGCCUGCCGCACGCCGCACCGCGCUGGGUACUACUACGCUGGACCCGCGCUACCUGGCACGCCCUGCGGAAUGCAUAUGUGGUGUCAAGGAGGCGAGUGUGUGCCAGCGAAGGCUCUGCCAACAACGAGUACGACGGCGAAACCUGACAAGGAUGCUGACAACACUAUAUCAGGAGGUUGGAGUCCGUGGCGGGAAGCAAGUUGCCAGUCUGGCUGUUCUGAUAAGAGUCGAGGGUUCCGGGAGCGACGGCGAGUGUGUAUGAAGCCAGCGAGUGACGCCUGCCAGGGAGCCUCGUAUGAUGUCGUGCUGUGCGAUGAUACUAAGGUUUGCGGCAAGAAAACCCGUGUAGGUGCAAGUGAGCUGGCGUCCCGUAAGUGUGCGGAGUAUGCCUCGCUGCUGCCAGAGCUGGACCCUCGAGGAGGUGGUCUGCAGGCACCACACGAUCCCACUCGUAUGUGGAUGGGAUGUGCUGUAUUCUGCCGUCGUGCUUCGGGAGGUGGUUUCUAUGCACCGCGGGUUGAGCUGAACGAUGCAGGCAAGGACCCUUACUUCCCCGAUGGUACUUGGUGUCAUAACGAUGGAAGCCAAGACUAUUACUGCCUUCAACAUCACUGCCUACCUGAGAACUUCAAGAUGAACGCGCAAUGGCAUAUUUGGGAGCUACCUAGCGAAGAUGUAUCGGGACCAUUCAACGCUCGCGCCUUGUCGACUCCUGACGAUGAAGCGGCAGCCGCUGCGAUCAGAGCCUACCUGUCUCUGGACAAUGCUGGAGUACCUCUCACCAGGUCUGAGUUACCACCUCAAAUUCCUGAGGAACCUGAAGAGAAUUGGGAAGUGGUAGACUAUGUAGAUGUACCUAAGCAGAGAAAAAGGAGUCCUAGAGGUUAUUCACCGGGUACAUAGUGACGUGUCACAGAUACAAUGAGAGUCAGAGGUUAUCAUGUCAGUCCAUUUAUUGAAAUGAUUUAUAGGUACAGGUGAUUGAUAUGUCUACGUUGCUAUCUAAAAGUUCCAUCCCGUAUAUUAUUGUUAUUGUUUACAUGAUAUUCUUGUUCUGGUUAAUGGACAUUUCUAUAAACGUAUCUUGUAAUUUUGAGAGGUCUUAGCACGAGUUUGCUUUACGUUUAACGAAACGAACGCGAUUGGCCGGCUCCAAAUAACCAACCAAUCACAGUGCCGAUCGCGCGCUAAUUUUGAUAACGUUAAACGUAAAGUUAAAUCGUACUAAGGCCCCAGGUUUGUAUAAUGAUUUUGCCCCAAAACUGACAAUAUGCAGUACAUUGUAAAGUAUUUAGUUGUAAGUACCUACCAAUAUCUUGCCAAAACGUAGUUUAAUAAUUUAUUUAAGGUAGAAUUAAGUUUGAGGUGCAACCAGUGCCUUCUAAAGCAUUUAUUAGUAUUGACAGUAUUAGAACGAGUAUUAGGAAUAAUGCAUUUAUUUUUAAGUAGCCAUUAAGAUAAGUUAUCAUUUACUUUGAAAUGGAGGAUGCACGAUUUUUCUGUUUGUAAUACAAGGUAAGAAAAUGUUACAUUGUAUUUAGAAAUUAGUGUGACUAUCGUAUUUAUGGAUUCAAUUUGAACAGACAAUGUAAGUUACUGAUUCACGAGAAGAACUUUCGUCACUCCAUAAAUAAAUAAAAUAUACCUAAAAUGUUGAAGUAUAUACUUCGACUACACGACGCGCGGUGACAUGGCAACGUAACGGCUGCUGCGCAACGUGUAGCGGGUUCGAUUCCCGCACGGAGCAACUCUUUGUGUGAUCCACAAAUUGUUGUUUCGGGUCUGCGUGUCAUGUGUAUGUGAACUUGUAUGUUUGUAAACGCACUCACGAUACAGGAGAAAAUCCUAGUGUGGGACAACGUUUUAAAAAAGAAAAAAAUGUGUACGAUAAUAAAAUACUAGUCUUUCUAUUUAUACGUGCAGCCAACUGUUUUGUAUUUUAUUUAAAUGUGUAGAGUUAAAGGUUUUAGUUUUAUGUUCCAAUAAAGUUUAUUUUCUUCGGCAGUUUUUAUGUAACGUGGUUUAUUUAAUCACGCUUUGGUCUCUUUGAAUAUACGAGUACGCAAUCUCUU